CUUUCUGACUGUCUGAGUUGAAGAAUAGAAGAUGACUAAUAACUCCUUAGCGGGUCUAAAAGUUCCAAACCCGAAUCCGUUUUCUCAACACUCACCCUAAAAACAGACGCUUAAACUAAACCCAGCGCAAAGUGGGCCCCGCAUCCCGAGUCCAAUUUCUGGUCCCAAUUUGGAGGGGCCUUUGCAAGCAAUCGAGAAAGGAGAGAGCUUUGGAGGGUCUGGGCAUGGCGGCCGUGGAUUGGGGGAGGCUGCUGUGAAUUCUUUGCCGGUUUUCGUCUCAUGGGGACGCAGAGAGCUUGGCUUCAUCUCAGGAACCUAAUGAUUCCCAAAACAAGGUCUUCUUUGAUCUCUUCUUCACCGGCCAAGCACCUUCUUCCUUCUCUCCAUGGAUCUUUGGAUGCUCCAAGGAGGAGUUUUUAUCCAUCUUUUCUGAGGUUUUUAUCUAAUACUUCUGCUGCUGCUCCUGAGGUUUUUGACCAUGGUUUCUUUGGCGGGCAUCAAGAGCAUGUUCACAGUCAUGCUUUGAUGCCACAAGAUGAGGAGGAGGUUGUUAGAUAUAUUCCAGUCAAAGCUUAUUUUUUAAGCACCAGCAUUGAUUUGAAGGGUGUGCAGACAGAGAAUAUAAGCAAUGUCAUUCCUCCAAAUUCUCGCUCGUCAAACUAUGUUGCCCUCCGUUACGCAGAUUUUCCUCCAGAGAUUGUGGAAAUAGGAGUCAAGGAAGAAGACAAUCAUUGCCGAUAUGUGAUUGUUUUCCAAUAUGGCUCAGCAGUGUUAUUCAACAUAGCAGAUCAUGAAGCUGAAGAAUAUCUAGAUAUCGUGAGGAAGCAUGCUUCUGGUUUGCUCCCUGAAAUGAGAAAAGGAGAUUAUGGUGUUGUUGAAAAGCCGUUCUUGAUGACAUGGAUGCAAGGCGGUCUUGACUACAUAGUACUUAAAAGUUUGGAUAUAGACGGCGUGCGGAUAAUUGCAAGUGUGCUUGGGCAAAGUAUUGCUCUUGAUCAUUUCAUUGGGCAGGUCGAUGACAUGGUAGAAGAAUUCACAGGGAUAAAUCGAGGGAUGGAAAAGUCGGGAACUUUCACAAUGCAAAGAAAAAAACUAUUUCAACUUGUGGGGAAAGCAAACUCUAAUCUUGCCGAUGUGAUCAUUAAACUUGGCCUUUUUGAUAGAUCAGAGAUUGCUUGGAAGAAUGCUAAUUACGCGCAAAUUCUAGAGUAUCUCCGAGAAGAAUACGAACUCACUCAGAGAUUCGGAAGCCUUGAUUUUAAACUCAAAUUUGUGGAGCACAACAUUCAUUUUCUUCAAGAAGUACUUCAAAACCGAAGAUCGGAUCUUCUCGAAUGGGGCAUCAUCAUCUUGCUAACGAUCGAAAACAUCAUCGCAAUGUAUGAGAUUCUCAAAGGUUCAAGCAUAGUUCCUUCCUAACAACAUUCAGGUGCAUGAUUCAUGACAUCAACUUCAGAAAUUUUUCGGUCUUUUUCUGUCUAACACGGUAGCAAUCAUCAUAAUUCAUCGAAAUGUUUUAUCAUUCCAAUUUUUCGACAGCUUUUUACUAGUUAAAGCUUAAAGGUGAUGAAGUUUAUGAUUAAAUACAUCAAGUUUUAGUUUUCUUUAUUCGUCGUAAGGCGAUGAUUUAGUGAUUCUUUUGCUCUUUUAAGAGUGUUCUUCAUAUUAUAUA